AUGGAUGCCCCCAUCGACUCCCACUUUCAGAGUCAGAUAUGCAAGUGGAACUUGACAGGAGGUAUUUCUUUGUUCAGAGAUUUCCUUUCGUGGGUUGAAAUGGAGAGUAUUGACAAAGUUGUUAGAUUGAAGUCCUUCAGAAUUCGUGGUUUUUGGCGUUUGUUCACUGUUUCAAGAGGCCAGGUCAAAGCUGAAUUACCACACCAAGAAAGGAGACUGACACUUGCAAAAUAUCAUCAGGCACUGCUGAUGGCAUCUCAUGCUGAUGCAACUUAUGACUUCAAGUAUGGAGUUAGAUCAGUACAGGGGGGUGGUAGAUCUUCAGCAAGAGUAACCAUUGGGAGAGUUGCUGCUGGAGCUAUUGCUAAGAAAAUUCUCAAACUUUAUUCAGGAACUGAGUGUUGUACGGAUGUUAAAAUGGACAUCAAUAUUUCAAAUUCUCGCGUACCCCAUUUUUUCUGCACAAACUCAACAGAUAUUGGUACACCAGUCUUUGAUAAACUUGAAGCUGAGCUGGCUAAAGCUUGCAUGUCAUUACCGGCAACUAAGGGAUUUGAGAUUGGAAGUGGCUUUGCAGGUACAUUCAUGACUGGCAGUGAGCAUAAUGACGAGUUCUUUAUGGAUCAACAUGACCAAAUCAGGACAAAAACCAACAGAUCUGGUGGUGUCCAGGGAGGCAUAUCAAAUGGAGAAAGUAUUAAUAUGAGAAUAGCUUUCAAGCCAACUUCUACAAUUUCAGAACUGGAACUGGAAUGGUCAAAGGACUAUGCAGGCAUAUUUCUAUAUGUAUACUUCAGAAUGAUCAGAUACAAGAAUGGUUCAAGUGGCUUAUCCUUAAAACCAGUUUGUUCAUCAUGGCUUAUAUCCUUUUUUCAUUUUCGGUUUUUAUUUCUGGGUACCACGCAGUGAAUUAGGCGUGGGAUUCAAAUCUGUCAUUCUUGGGAUUACAUGUAUCAUUUGAGAUAAAAUGGUGAUGAAGAACAUUAGUUAUAUUGUCAAAACAUUUGACAUCACCUGCAAUCCAAUCUAAGCAAAAGAGGAAGCAACAUACGGUUAGUAGGGAGAAACAUGAGACUGAACUCGUUGCUCGUGGUCGCCAUGAUCCUUGUGUGGUUCCACGAGCUGUUCUGAUGGUGGAAGCAAUGGUUGCCCUGGUGCUCGUGGAUCAGUUGGCUCAAUAUGCACAAUGUAUGCUGUUCCCAGUCAAUCCUGUGUUACAGGAACCUUUGCAGUCAUAAAAAACCGAGUCAGCUUAGAUUCCCCUUUAAAAGGAGCGAAGCAGCCCAUAACAACUUCUCCCUACAUGACUUCUCACAUUUCUGGCAUAUUUCUUCGUUUGAAGAAUGUAUUUAUGUAAAAAGAAGUUUCCAACGAUGCCUUAAGAGUUGUUAUAUAGUUUUACAGAGAUAGGUAUAUAUAGCUUUUGUUGCCAGAGCUCUCACCAGUGUGUGGAGAACAAAGUGCAUCUACAAAAAUGUGAAAUUGUGUCGUUUUCAUUA